AUGAGGUUUUCGGUCAUUACUCUUCUCACUGCCGCUGUCGCUGUUGUAGCACAGGACAAUGUCUCUGUGACUGCCGGCGGUGAUUGCGAGCCCCAUGGCGAUCACUGGCACUGCGCCGACGGUGUUCCAGAACCUACUACUCCCCCAACUCCAGAACAACUCGCUUCCCACUCUGCUGAGGAGGCCGCCGAGGAGACUGGUGCUUCUACCCUCACCUCUACUAUCGCCUCUACCACCAUCACAGUCGUAACCUCUGGAUCUACCUUGGUCACUCCCUCUGCAUCCCACAGCCACGACGAUGAGGAUGACCACGACCACGAGGCUACUGCCAGCACUUGCGAGCCCCACGGUGACCACUGGCACUGCCCUGCUGGCGUUGCUGAGCCCACUACUGCCCCCGCCGAGACCGUUUCUGGCACCUCUACCGUCACUGCUAGUGGCGACGCUGCUGAGUCUGCCGCUGGCACUUCCAGCGCUCUUCCUGAGCAAACCUCUAACGCCGCUGUCGCUCUUGGCGCUGGCAAGGUCGCUGCUGUCCUUGGUGCUGCUGCUUACUUCUUGUAA